CUUGUCGAUCUUCGUGUUUCUGUGCCUUGACUGAUGUGAAGGUCUAGAUGAAGGUAGAUUGAGCACAAGGAUGGCCCUCCGUCGCCGAAAUGCUUUCUUCCGGUUGUCUCGCGUCGUUGGCUGCUGCCGAGUUUCAAUUCGUCUGCUUGGCAACUGAACCGAGCGAGUUGUCGGGAGGAAUAGCCGCGGCUCUUCCGAUCAAGUUCGUCGUUGGGCCAGCCAUCCCCGUCUUAUGCUUGCUUUCCUUUUCGGCAUGGUCAACUCCGCCGGCCAACGCAACGAUGCAUGACGAGCAUACGCACGUGGGCAGGGCAAAGCAGAGCCGAGCGGCGGCCGCGAGGUUGGAGUGGCAAGAACACCAACAGGACCAGGGGAGACUCUUGACGGGCAAGAAAAGUUCGGGAAGCUUACCGGGCGAGAGACAUCAUCCCGCCACUCGUCAAUCGUUCAACGUGCCACGACAACAGCAGAAGGUCGGCCAAAAUUCAUCGGGCACCACGUCGACCGAGUCUUUGACUCCAUCGAACUCGGCUUCACAAUGGGGUCUGCGACGGCAGGAUGGGGGUUACUGGACAGAAGAGCUGUCGGCGGGGCAGCUCAACGGCUCCCGCUCUGCUUCGGGGGGCCCGGGGCCAGAGAAGAGGCCCGAGAUUGUGCACGCAAGGAUGCUGUGGCUGCCCAAGUACAUGAGGAGGCGUGUGCUCGUCGCUUUCAUCGCGUCUCUGGGUGUGGUAAUUGCCGUGUUGGAAUACAUACUAAGUCUCUCCAACAAACAGAUGGGACUCGGCCCGGUAGACAGCUCAAGGUAUGUAUGGCAGAUGGCACCACCAGCCGUCCUUUUGAUCAUCGCGGGGUUCUGGCAGCGCUUCGAGUAUCAGGCUCGAAGCACCGCGCCUUGGCUACGCAUGCACAAGGGGCCGGCAGAUGCCGAGAGGACGGUGCUGCUGGACUACGUGUCCAUGACUAGACCUGCUGUAGUUUUGCGCGCCAUCCAAAACAAGGACUGGGUCGUGGCGGCAGCAGUAGUCAUGUCGAUGCUGCUGUGGACCGCGAUGAUUGUUUCCACAGGCGCCAUAACGACGGUACUGGCCACCAUGACCAACAGCGACGUCAAUGUCCGGUUAACGAGACAGUUCACGGCAGACGGCGGGGGUCUCGUCCGCAACAACACCCUCUUCACCCCGGCGUCCAAGGCCACCUCCCUGAUCGAAGUCGCUGCGUUUCAGCUAGGCGAGCUUACGACGUACCCCGACGGUGUGACGAAUUGGUUCGCAUACGAGACGUUCAGCACAAGCGACUUGGCACAGGGAGCGCAACUAACGGCUCCGGUCCGCGCAUUGUUCCCCAACCUCACCUGCGAGAAGGCGUCGCUGUCGGUAAACAGCGUCAUGAUGAGCGACCAGGAGCAGGUUGUCAACACGACGUUGAUAGCGCCUGGCUGCGCCGUCGAGCUUACGAUCAAUGGGACCGGGCUAUCGAGCCGAGGGGGAGGGAGUCCUACAUACUUCCUGCGCUCGGGGACAGGUGGCUGUUACGGAUCGACCGCCCCUCAAGACCAGCGUAUAGUCGUCGCGUUCGGCGUGGCAAAUCUCCGCAGCGGCAGCGAUAUCGACUACUACGAACGGUUCGUGUCGUCUACAGCUGCGGUGACUCUGUCUACACCUCUAAUAUGCCAGCCGGGGUAUACGAUGCGAUCCAUAGAUCUGGUCAGAAGCUCCAGCCAAACGGUACGGAUCGAGCUUGGGUCGCCGGGUCCAACAUUGCCGAACCUUCCGGAGGUCCACCCUUGGGAUCUCGCAGCCGGCAUGCUCAGGUCCUACCAGCCGGACGUACCAGAUGUUGCAUACCUCCUCGAUCGGGUAGCCGAGACGGAUAUGUUGGGUUAUCCGGCAUUCCAGCCGGCCCGCGUCAUGAUCGACCCAUGCGUUCACUUUGCCCUUGGCUUCCGGAUGUGGGAGAGUGGCUCACUGGAAGCAGCCGAGGAGUUUUUGGAUUCGGAGAAGCUGGAGAGCAUGAUAGUCAACUACUAUCGUCAUCACGCUUCACUUGUGGCAUAUACACUCCUCCUUCACUCCCCGACUUGGGGCAAUUCGACCGUCACAGGGACCUCCAUCAUCCGAUUCGAGAGGAUAGGUGCCAACGCUGCCGGCGUUCAUUCCGUCGUUUUUUUGGUGGUUGCCUCCAUGCUCGUCGCUACGUUUCUCUUCUUCCCCGUCCCGACCGAGGGCUUCCUGCCGAGGAAUCCGAACACGCUGAUCGAUACAGCCGCGCUCCUAGUGCACAGCAAGGUACUUUUGCACAAUGUCCGCGGGGCCGGCGGCGCCGACAGCAAGACUCUGUACAAGAGGCUGUCCAUGGCUUACUUUUACACGGGCAUCGAGGCCUACGAGCGAGACUUUGUGUCCGAAAACGAGGGAUACUUCAAGGUUUUCGGCGGCCCGCUGCCCCCGACCACGCGCGCGCCCGAGUACUUUGAGCCUCGGGGAGGGUCUUGGUCGCCACCCAGAGGGCUUUCCAGCAUCUACCGCGCGCUGAGCCUGUCGCUCACGCUGACGUUUAUCGUGUCGCUCGAGGUCAUGUUCAGGGUAUCCUCGACCAACGGCGGCCUGUCUGCAAUGGGCGACGACUCCUGGACCCAGCUCAUCUGGACCGUGCUGCCAGCAUCCGUGGCGGCCUGCCUGACCUGCCACGUUGGGGUGGUGGACGAGGCCAUGCGCGCACUGGCGCCAUUCAUGGAGCUGACCUGGGGCAGGGGCACUUUCAGGACCAUGAAGGACAGCUACAUGGACGGGUCCACUCCACGCGUCUUGUACCACGCCAUCGUUGGCCGCAACCUCCCCGUCCUCCUGUCGACCCUGUCGUGGAUCAUGGCGGCCUUCAUCCCCGUCGUCGUCGCAGCCACCUUUGACACGAGGGCCGUGGCGCUGCAGGCGGCGGACCCGACGCAGCAGAACCAGCGCCGACUCCGGCAGGACGAGGCGGCAACGCGGCUCCUGCAGGUCCUGCUCGCGCUCGUCUUUGUCGGCAGCGCGGGGCUUUGGUUCCUGACCCCACGCCGCAGGAUCGGGAUCCUUCCGCGGCUGCACUCCGAGUCGCCCCUGAGUAUCGCCAGUGUCGCGGCAGUGCUGGCCGACGGUAAUGUGGUCGGGAUGCUGGGCCGCGGCGCCGAGUGGAAGACGCUGAAGGAGCUCGAGCUCAUGUUCAGGGACGGGCUGCACGUCACGAUGCGGUUCCGGCUCGGGUGGGACGAGGCCCGGGGCAGGACCAAGAGGAAGCAGGACGCUUUUGGCAUAUCGGCCAUCCGCACGGGCGGUUGGGGCGGUGGGGAGAGUGUCGGGCUGGGAAUGCAGGCCAGAGUUGGGUAUUGGCAAAGGGGGUUUGUGAGAGAUUGGGGCUGGAGGCCCUGA